UUGAAAAAGCAUAAAAAUAUAUCGGCGCGCAUCGUCUCUUGAUAAGUUUAUGUGUAGGCCUACCAAUUAGGGCAAGACCGAUAUUGCGCAAAUGCAGCAGAUAUAUUUCGAGAGAGAUAACGUUAUUCCCUAGGGGAAAAAAGUCAAUUUAAUCAGGGCAUUGUAAACUAGGCUACAUUGUAACUUCCUCCUCCGUCCCCUUCAAUGCACGAAAAAACGAAACUAAACUUCUCUGAAAUUCACUCAGAGGAGAGAGUUGAGCAACUGAGAAGACGCUUCGAUUUACAGUGAGAUUUGUCGAAAUGGCAUUUUAUAACCAGGAGCCUUUUUAUAAUCCGAGACUCCCUUUCACCGGCUCUAUCCAAGGUGGGCUUCAGGAGGGGAAGACCAUCACUAUUACUGGGAGAGUUCACCAUGGGGCGGACAGGUUCCAUGUGAAUUUGAAGUGUGGUUCUAGGGCAGGGGCCGACAUUGCCCUUCACUUCAACCCACGCUAUGACAGUCACCCUGGAUAUGUGGUGGCCAACACCUUGCAGCAGUCCAGAUGGGGGACAGAGGAGCGAAAGCAGCAGUCCCCCUUCCAGCAUGGCUCCGGCUUCAGCCUCGUGAUCACCGUCCAGAGGGACGCCUUCCAGUUGAAUGCGAAUGGGAACCAUUUCAUGACCUUCAAGCACCGUAUCCCGUUUUACGCCGUGGACACCAUCUCAGUCGAGGGGAAAGUGGAGGUGACCUCCAUCGCCUUUCAGAACCCUGCGCCCGCCUUUCCUGCACAGCUAGGAUUUCCGGCACAAGCUGGAUUCCCUUAUAUGGGAUUUCCGGCACAACCAGGAUUACCUUAUCCGGGAUUUCCGGCACAACCAGGAUUUCCAGCACAACCAGGAUUUCCAGCACAACCAGGAUUCCCUCCUCACCCGGGAUUCCCUCCUCACCCGGGAUUUCCUUCUCAUCUGGGAUUUCCCGCACAACCAGGACGUCCAGCUGUUCCAUACAAGAACAUGAUCAAUGGUGGACUCCACCCUGGACGCACCAUCAACAUCCAGGGAGUGGUUAACCCCAAUGCCAAUAGGUUCCACGUUAACCUACUGUGCAACUCUGGGAUUGCGCUGCACUACAACCCCCGAUUUGACGAGACCCUAGUGGUACGCAACACCAAGCUGAGAGACCAGUGGGGAAAGGAGGAGCGCUCUGGUGGAAUGCCCUUCCACAGGGGCCAGGCCUUCACGCUGUCUAUUUACUGUGAGGCUCAGUGCUACAAGAUAGUGGUCAACGGGAAUCAGACGAGCAACUACAAACACCGCCACACCCUCCUCCAGCAGGUCAACGUCCUGGAGGUGGAUGGAGACCUCAGUUUGACCUCUGUGAUGGUUUAGUGCUGUGGGUCACAACUUUCUUCGGUGACCUAGCCACUAAUUUCGUUUUGUGUCACCUCUGACCCAAACCAUUUGUGUUUUUUUAAUCUGUUCUUGCUGCAAAAAAAAUUACAUUCACUUUGUUUCUUUACUGCAGGCACUGCCUGUUAGACUACCUAACUUGCUAAUUUAUUAUUAGUGAGUGCCGUGCCAUCGACUUCAAGGAUGAGAAAUGUGUUCCUGUUUAUUAUAAAUCACAGUAGAAAGCCAUUAGAAAUCACAUUGAUUGCUUUAGCCAUGUUUCUUGCUACAAAAAUUCUUGAAUCAUUAUUAUUUAGUGAUAUAAUGCCAGAUCUGACGUUAUCUACCAUGAGAAGUACCCUGAGGACAAUGUCUGGUAAUGUGUAGCCUAGUUCAUCACCAGUGGUCUCUAUACUCUUUUUAAACAUUUUAAGAUAUA